AUGCAUCUCACCCGCACCCAAUGGCUCCAAGCCCUCGCCCUCGCCCUACUCCCACCCCAACCCGCCGCCAAGAACCUCACCACAGCCCCAGAUCCCACCACCCCCUCCCUAACCUACAGCAUCACCAUCCCCAACACGAACACCAACACCAACACCAACGCCAGCACCAACACCCUCAACCCCCCCGAAGAUCCCCCAAGGGGAUCCGGACCAAUCUACCUCCGCCUCACCGCCCCGACAACCAUGCAAUGGAUCUCCCUCGGCCAGGGGCCCGACAUGGCCACCGCCAACAUCUUCAUCGUGUACGCCGCCUCCGCCACGAGCGUCACGCUCUCCCCGCGGUCCGGGGGCCAGGGCCAGCCGCGGUAUAAUCCCGCGGCGAAUGUGACGCUGCUCGAGGGGUCGGGGAUUGUGGAUGGGAUGAUGGUGGCGGAGGUACGGUGUGAAGAUUGUUGGGGGAGUUGGCCUGCUCUGCCUGCUGGUGGUGGGGAUGGGGUGGGGGAGGGGGGGGAGGUUGAGGCUGGGCCUGGGGCUGCGAGUGGGGCGGGGAAUGCGACUGCGGCUGCGGCUGCGGCUGCGGCUGCGGCUACUGGUGGUGGGGGGUUCGUGAUGGAUCCGAACGGGAAUGAGACGGCGUGGUUCUGGGCGUAUCAACUCGGUGCGCCGCUGCACAGUGAUGAUGUCGGGGCGGAGCUGGGGAUGCAUGAUGUUAAGGGGGAGAUGGUGUGGGAUUUGAGGGAGGCGCGGUUUGAGGUUGGUGCUGGGGACGACGAGUUGGUGGAGGGGUUUAAUCCUUUUGUUUGAGGGGGUGGGGGUAUGACUAGAUGAGGUUGGGGUUCGGUGACAUUGCACGGGUAGGAGUUUGACACUGGUGGAGAUUAUAUUGAGAUCAUAAGCAUACAGGAAGAGGAAUGUGGGAUUGGAAAAUGAGGUCGAAAUCUGUGUACGCAAGCGAGCACUCAUUACCAAUUAUAAGCGAAACAGGAACUGGUCAAUACAUUAGUAUCUAAGAAAUGCACAAGAAGCGAAGACUCUAAACAUGCCAUGACCCCGAUGCGACCAACCAUCCACAACGCCAUCCUUCGGAAGGCACCUGCAAUCACUCCUGACCCUCCCCAAACUGCCGCGUCCACUCCUCCCUCCC